AUGACAACUCCCAUCUUGACCCCCACACCCAUCUACCGGGUUUGCGCCCUCAUCGAGCUCAAAGGGUCGGCCAACAUCCGCGACUGGAACCACUUUCUUCGAGUGGAACUCGACGCCGAAGAGCUGACCGAAUACGUCUUCGGUCCUACUAGCGCCGUUCCGGAGCCGAACAAGAACCUCGACCCCGUGGCACACAAGGCCUGGAAGCUGGCGCGCGCCAAGGCCAUGAGGAUUCUGUACACGACCUUGAAGAGAGAGACGGUGACCAACAGGCUCGAGGGCUACGGCUGGGACGAGGAUAACAGAGAUCCUUCCUAUGUUCAUAAGCUCGUUUGGAAGGUUUUUGGGCCUGGAGCUCCCUCCAUAAGCCUGGGCGGACUUUGA